GAGAGAGGCGGCUAUUUUAAAGGAUACAAAAUCAAACUUUAAACUAAAUACUGAAAAAAUUAAAGAAUAUUCCAUUCGAUGUUGAAGACAAGGCAUGAGUUUCUAUAUAAAAAUCUUCCAUAGUCUCAUCAGCUGCACUUCCCUAGCUAGCUCCUAAAGUCAUGGUUCCUUCCCACUUUCUCCUCGUAGCGCUCCCGAACCGCGGUGCUAUGAACCCGGCCCUCCUGCUGGCUGAGCGCCUCGCGCGCGUCGGCAGUCACGUCACUUUCCUUACCACCGUGUCCGCCCACCGCCGCAUGAUCAAUCCGGUUCGCCUUGAAGGUGUAACCAUUACCACGUUCUCUGAUGGCUAUGACGACGGGCGUAAGCCAGGGGUUGACUCCGAGCGCUUCUACGCCGAGAUGGAGCGCCGGGGGUCAGAAGCUCUUAGUGGCCUCAUCAAGUAUAGUUUUGGACGAGGCCUCAGGAUCACCUGCGCACUCCACACGGUGAUCCCUUGGGUCGACGACGUUGCUCGCUCCUUUCAAAUCGAAUCCGUUCUCGUUUGGAUUCAACCCGCUAGCGUGUUCAGCAUAUACUACUAUUACUUCAAUGGCUAUGAGGAUGUGAUCAAGAACGUUACAAGCCAAAGCUGUGAUACCUCGUCGCUCAUCCGGUUGCCCGGCCUACCACCACUAACCAACCGUGACGUCCCCUCCUUUUUCAACCAUGAAAACAAGUAUGCUUUUGUUCUGCCAAAAUUGCAAAGCCAAUUCGAGCAGCUAACAGAGGGGGGGAAUACAAAAGUAGUACUUGUGAACACCUUCGAUGCGCUCGAACUCGAGGUAUUAAGAGGGAUCGGUACACUGAAUUUGGUCGGAAUUGGGCCUGUUGUCCCGCUCCGUUUCUUAGACGCACAGAAUGAUAAUUCUUCUGAUAAAUCUUCCAGAGGCGACCUCUUUCGGGGCUCUGAGGAUUAUUUUCAGUGGUUGAAUUCGAAGGAGGAAGCAUCGGUAAUUUAUGUAGCCUUUGGAAGCAUGGCGACGCUAUCGAAGGCGCAAAAGCGAGAAAUGGCGUGCGGAUUGCUAGAGACCAGCCGGCCAUUCUUGUGGGUGAUAAGGGAGAGCGAUGGAGAUGAUGAUGAACUCAUUCACAAAGAGGAACUAGACAAGAUAGGAGUGAUAGUCCCAUGGUGCUCUCAAACCGACGUGUUGUCGCAUCCUUCGAUAGGAUGUUUCCUCACUCACUGCGGGUGGAACUCGACACUCGAGAGCUUGGCGUGCGGCGUUCCAAUGGUGGCAUUCCCCCAAUUUGGCGACCAGAUGACGAACGCGAAACUCGUCCAGGACGUGUGGAAGGUCGGGGUUCGAGUGUCCGAGAUCAAUGAAGAAGGCAUUAACGUUGAGGGAGGCGAAAUCAAGAAGUGCUUGGAAUUGGUCAUGGGAGGUGAAGAGAUAGGUGAAGGAAUCAGAAGGCAUGCAAAGAAGUGGAAGGAUUUGGCCAUGGAGGCUUUCAAGGAGGGUGGAUCUUCGGACAGAAAUCUCAAGGCCUUUGUUGAAGAAUUCUCAAAAGUAGAUUAAUUCACGACAAAAUGCAAUAUGUUAGCUUGAAUUUAUAUGUUCGUACCGUUCUUUAAAUGUGCAUGAAUCUUUGGAAAUUGUACCAAUGUGAGUGGCAUUAUAGUUCAUGUAUGGAUAAGGACAAAUCUUAUGUCGUGU